CCUGUUUUAUAUCGGUCGUGGACUUCGACGGCGACCGCGAUCCAUACAAAUACGUAGUCGGCCAAGGGCAAAUUGGGAAAAACUUCGUCGAAGUUCAAACUCUCGCCAAGUGGCGCGCCAGGUGGUGCGCGGAUGCGAGAUUGGCGAAGCGGUGGGUCCAGUGCAUUCUUCCUUUUACUCCGCCUGCGCAAAAUGCACUCGUCGCCGCCGAUGAUCGUCUUCCUUCUCCUGGUCGCCCACCUCGUCUGCGCGCGCGAGAGCAACCACAGCGCGUCCUCCUUGAACGCGUCGAGUUUGCACUUGACCGAGUCGGCGUCGUGCCUCGCCAUUGACGCCGCGAUGGCACCCGUGUGCGGCGACCGCGCGCGCCAGUGGGAACACAAGUGUGAGAAGCAGUGCGUCCACGCGGUCGAGCAGCUUUUGCGCGCCAACGAUGUCGACAACAUGUGCCUUGUCGAGUGGAAGGUCGUGCGCCACCUGCAAAACACCCAGUGCACCGAGAGUCUCUUUGGCCUGCGCUCGAUGAGCGUCACGACGAUCGCAUCGGCCUUCCUCAGCGUCUUUCUCCUCUUCUCGUGCACGAGCUAAGGACGCGGGCGACACCAUUGAUAGGAUAGAAUGAUAUUAUUUUAACGCAGUUAUAGACGCGCCAAUUUUUUUGGCACCCUA